CAUGGGCUGAGAGAAAAUGCGGCUCCUCUUUCCAACGAGACACCGGCAGCCCGACACUGGUUGCGCAAAGCACACGCACGUUGUUGUUUUUCCUGGCGAACGUCGGAAUGCGCUGUCAAGCCGAGUUCUGAUAGCUCCCAUGAAGUGAAGGGCCCCGCUCCCCUUUUCCUCUCCUCAGCGCUCUUCUGGAGGUGCUUUGGCAAUUAUCAACAGAUGGAAGGGCAGAGAAAAAGAAAAGAGAGAGAGAGAGAGAGAGGGAGGCGGGGAAGGAGGCGAGAAGGAGGUCUUUAUUACGGCGCCACACAAUACGCGAGCCCCAGGGGAGGUUUUCUCAGUCGGGCUCCGGAGGGGAAAGGGAGGCGAGGCGAGUCGCCCGGGACGCCGGCGCGGCUUAGAAGCAAACUUCGACGAGGAAUCCUUGGAAAGAGGCGGGCGGACCCGGGCAAGAAAUUCCCCCGCGCUCCGCUUUGUCGAGCGGGCGUCGUUGUUCGAGGACGGAAGGGGCUGCCUCUGAUUUCCCUUAGUGAGGGAGCCCAGCUGAGGGGACCCGGGCAAAGUAGUUUUUGGACGGGGCACCCAGCCGCUUCCAACUUUCCGGCAUGGGCUCUCCCCGGUGGAAGAGGCUCUGCCUUCUGUUCCUCAUCGGCUUGACGUUCUCCAUCAUCUUCUAUGGGCACUACUACGCGACGGAUUCGGCCCCCAGCCCCAGGACUGAGUCCAGACUGCUGCAAGAGGAGACACUGGAACUGACCCAAGCAGAAAUAUUCCGAGAUGUCAGGAAGAACAACUUGCCCAUGAAAAUCAUUAGGAAGUGGGGGAAUGCAACACAAGAACCAUCAAAAAGAGGUGACUCUAAUCCCCUCAAAGAGAAGUCCAGUUUGUGCCCAGAGUCAUUGAAGACCAAAGUGAAGAUUGACCCCACACUUGGGAAGCAGUUUGAUUUUAAUGUCCCCACGUUGAUAUGGAAGCAGCUCUUCACCCUGGAGACUUGGAACAGACUGAAGGAGCGCAGCGUCCCGUAUGGCUGGCGUGGAUUGCCGUAUGAAGUUAUCGCAUCUGCCGUGCAACUCCUCAAUGACUCCGUCAGCAGUAGACUGGUCAGCAAAAUUGGAUCUCCUGGUGGUUGCGUCCGUUGUGCUGUGGUUGGGAACGGAGGCAUUCUGAAUGGAUCCCACCAAGGCAAGGAGAUAGAUGCUCAUGACUUUGUCUUCAGACUAAAUGGGGCAAUCACCAAAGGGUUUGAGAACGAUGUUGGGACGAAAACCUCCUUCUAUGGUUUUACAGUAAACACCAUGAAGAAUUCCCUUGUUGCAUAUGCAGAAUAUGGCUUCACCCAAACGCCACAGGCCAAGGACAUACAGUACAUUUUCAUUCCUUCGGAUAUACGGGAUUACCUCAUGCUCAAAUCUGCCAUCCUGGGUGUGCCUGUUCCAGAAGGCUAUGACAAGAGUGACAAUCCACAGAAAUACUUUGGACCUGAGGCAUUUGCAGGAAAGUUCAAGUUGCUUCACCCAGAAUUUGUGCAUUAUCUAAAAGAAAGGUUUCUCAAAUCAGAAAUAAUAAACACUGAGUUUGGGAAUCUUUAUAUGCCCAGCACUGGAGCACUUAUGCUCUUAACAGCUCUGCAUACCUGCGAUCAGGUGAGUGCCUACGGAUUCAUCACGGACAAUUACAAGAUGUUUUCAGAUCACUACUAUGAGCGUGAGAAAAAGCCCUUGGUGUUCUAUGCCAACCAUGAUAUGUUGCUGGAGGCUGACCUAUGGAAGAGGCUGCAUCAAGGUGGCAUCAUGAAAUUGUAUCAGCGGUGAAGCCAGAGCACGCUGUGGACAAGGAAGGGAGGGGGAGCUCCCUGAGAUUUUAUCUGUGUGGAGGCUUUGCUGAGACACCAGAGAGCUUCCUUUGCCUUUAUGUGGAUCAGUGACGAAAGGGAUAAGUGAUAGUUUCUGAGUGUACAAGAGGAGGUACGAGUUCAGCAGCCUGUUAACCUUGUGGAAACUGUUCCUUAGCAUUUGAUCAAAAGCAAUAAGUAAUACAAAUCCAUGCUAGACUAAAGACCUAUCCUCCACUAUCAUCUAGUGUAGUCCAGAGGUACAAUGGCACAUUUACUAUACUGCUGAAGUGCAAACUGCAAGAAGCUAGUAUUGCCGAGCCCCCCACCCAAAAAAAGAGGAUACAACCAUUUGUAAGUAUUUUUCAGUGAUGCCUUUAUUAGGUAUUCCCUUGCUGUUUUCUUUAGACAGAGGAUGAAUGAUCUUUUUAGGGAAUAAGCUCAGCUUGAUAUGACAUUCUUUUUCAUUAAUCAAAUCUCGUACUGUAAAGUGAUUUUCAGCAAUAUGUAUGAUCAACUGGAGCAAAGGGGCUGGAGCAAACUUUAUUCACCAUGACUGCUGUGCUGCACUUACAAUGGUGGAUAUAGAAAUUUGCUUGUAAGUUGCACUACCAUUCCAUAUGUCAAAGCUUGCAGCGCUCAGAACAGCUUUCCUACUCAACAUAGUUCUACGAUGCAGAUCCCACAAGUAUUACCAUGAAGCAAGAAGUUCAGAAGUGAAAACAAAUAGUGGGGCACUUUGAAAAGCAAUAAUUGUACCUGCCAAGAUUUGUAGAUCUUCCGUUACCUUUUUUAAAACGGGUGGGCAACUUGCUUUGCUGGAAGAACCACAAUGGCAGCAAAACAAAACAUACCCCCCCCCUUUUAAAAAAUAAGGUCAGUGCUUCCUACAUGUUUGGAAUGAGUUUCCAGCAGUGUGGUUUCACUUUUACACAGAGUACGCAAACAGUUCACACUUUGUUUUAAAGGAAGGGUGAACAACAUGUCUAACACUCCAGUGCCCCUAUUGAUUUUUUUUUUAAUGAAUUGGUUCAAAAACUUCCUUUUUGCGCUUAUUAGGGCCUGUGGGGGACAAUUCUGCAGUGUUUUGAGAGCUCUCCUGCAGGUGGGGGCCUCUCUACAGAGCCACAAUUCUUUUUGAAAAUACUGUUGGCCACUAGAAGGAAACGUCUUCAUUCACCACCACCCUCCUUGUUUGGGAGAGUCAUGAGAGCAAGUGUAAUCGACCCUCUAAGGUUCAGGGAAGGGCAUGGGCGGCCCCUAAGGUUCUCUCUACGUUGUCUAGUGCUUGAAAGAAAUCAGUGCUUUUUUCACUGCAGCCACCACCACAGCAGCAAAUUCAAUAGCAACCGGGACACAGUCAACCCCUCCUCUAAAUGCAGGAGGGGGAGUACAUAUUGCCUUCUUAUUUUAAAGGCAGUGAUAUCCUAGCAGUGGCAUGGCUGCCUAAUAACCACCAUUAUGUGAGUAACAGGCACAUCCUUAUCCUACUGUCAUCCAUUUUAUGAGACUCUUUGUCCUCCAUGGCAGUCUCUUCCAUUUGCCACAUUACUGCUUAACAUCUACGAUAGCCACAUCUGUCUAGAUAGUGAGCAAUGGUCUCCUUUGCUUAUUUGCUUAUUAAUCCCCCCUCCCCAAGAUCAACAAUGCUUCCUCUAAGCCAGCGAUGGCGAACCUAUGGCACGCAUGCCACAUCUGGCACGCAGAGCCCUCUGUGUACACAUGAGCCAUAAGUCG